AUGGUCUUUGUCAUACCGCUGGAGCAGGAUGAAGCGGCUUCAUCUGAUCCCUUCAACGUCGACAUGCAGGCCGACAGGCCCGUGGGGAUUGUCACAAGACCCAGGUCGGCAGAGCCCAUCGCCCGUUCCCGGGAUGAGUCGAAGUCCCCUACACCGGACAUGAACCCCGAAAGCAUUCCAAAGAGGCCGUUGACGGCUCCUCGCAAGCGACCAAAGACAGAGCAGAACAGACCAUGGGCGAGCCGUGCGAGGCCUCCGUCCCUUGACAGCCUGAGGUUGCCGGCAAGAAGUAAGCUCUGCACUCAAGUCAAGAACUUGUUAGCUUCUAGUCAUCGAGAGCAACUGGCGAGAUGCGCUCAAAGCUUCUAUGCUGACUGCAGAGGGCUGGACGGGAGCUGGACAACUGCGUCUAUGCAAGAUCUCAACCAUGUGAUCGUCACGCUGAUCGAUGGUCGGCUCAUAGCUACUGCCAGCCGUGUUCUGUCGGACUUGCUCUUCCUGCAGCGAAGGCUGAGCCAGCGCUGCCUCGGGUCUAUCUUGCAGGAUUUUCAGUGUUUCGAGGAGGCUCUUGACCGCAUUGUACGAGAUGAGCCCUUCCAUCUGCGAUCUGACGAUGCGAACAAUGCGCUGUCGCGGAGAAAUUACCUGUCUCUGCUCCGACAACACCUAGUGAAGAAUGGGAGAAGCUUUGAAGGCUCAGCCGCGAAGAAAUUUCUGCUAGCAUGCAAGACAUCACAGUUUUCGAUCACAGUUGAUUCGUUAGUCACAGAAUUCGAUGGGUUCGUCAAUAGCCAUCUCCUCUGGUUGGAAUCCUACAGGGUACAAGACAAUCAGGCGAAGAAGGUUUUGAUCCCCAUGAAGCAAGACUGUGAUGACUCGAUCUCAAACCCCGAGCUGCUUCUCGCUCAGAUCAGACAAGAGUUUGCUUGCCACUUGUUCGUCUCUGCUGAUCGUCUCGUCCUCAGAGUGGAGAGUCAUCCUAUCGACGAUCACUUGACCUUGUGCCUGAUUGUGAUUAUCAAGCCCGAUGCUCGCGUGUCUCCUAAGGCUGGGCCUCCUUCCCCCUCCAACGCGAGCGACUGCCUGUCGAUCGCAAGGAGGCUGAUUGAAGAGCUGAAGCAACCCUGCUCGGACCUCUCCCUGAGCAAGAACACGCGCACUUUGGUGGACGGCGAGCGACCGGAGCUCAUCAGUCUGCUGGGGGAGGCGAGCGUGAGUCUGGAGGAGGUGGAGACUCUCUUGAAGGUGAAAAAGAAGAUCGAUCGCGCGCAAACUUCGGGUUUGGUCAACUGUCUGAGCGAAGGUCAGCGAGCGAGGGCUGAGGGCCUGCUGUCACGAGUCGUGAACAUGCUCGAGUAUGGGGCGAAGGGAGAAGAUGGAGGCUUCGUUACGCUUCGUGUGGAGACGAAAACGUUGUCUUGCGCCAUGGGCUUUCAAUCGCUCCUUCGUGAAUUUGUGGAGGACGUAGGAAGGAUGGCGGAAAUCGAUCAUAAGAGUAUGGGAGCUCGGAUUGUACAUGCAAUGAGCAGGCAGAGCGAGCGAUCGGGGUAUAGCUCGCACCCGAGGCCAGAGGCCUCACGAGCGGGUGCGAGGAGGGGGGAGAGGAAGGGAGGGGAGCGGAGGGUGCUGCAGUUUGUCGACUCCAGGGGGUUCCAGGACCUGAUUGAGCAAACAGCUGAGGACAUGGCAGUCACGCUGGACUUGUGGGUUCCGUUCGCGCAGGGGGAGCAGGUGAUGAGGGCGAUGAGGGCAGGGGGGGCAUUCUCCCUCAAGUACAAGAGUGAGGAGGAGGUCAAGGUGAUGAGGGACGGGGUCGAGGUCUGGUUCUCGUCCUCCCUCACCCCCCGCAUGCAGGAUGAGCUGUCGCAGCGGUUCUCGGGGAAGGAGGUGGAGGCCCUCCUGGGGUUGCUGCAGAGGAGCUGCUUUCUCUUCUCUCACCGCGUCAGUGCUGGGGGCAUGCUGGGCGAGCUGGUCAGGUGGCUUGCAGAGAAGCUGGGGUGUGACGGUGAUGCCAUACUUGACAAGCACAUCCUGUACUCCUCCUCCCCCAACCACAGCGGGUCGACGAUGUCGGGGAGCUUGGGCGGCGGGGUGUUACAGGAGAUUUCGAGGAGGGACAACCGGCACGAGCAGCACGUGCAGGAGCUGCAGAGGCAACAGGUCAUCCUCGACAAGCUCCUGCAUUCGUGCAGCCUUAUGAAGGGCCUCAUCCAAGAUGAAACCAUGAAGCUCAUGUUGAGCCAAGUCCUGGAGCAGUCCAGCGACAGUCAACUGAUGAUCUUCUACCUGGAGGGUGAAGGGGGAGAGGGAAAGACUUCAGUAGUCUCUAGUGUGGUGAGGAAUAUCCUCAGAUCAGAUCACGGCCAGAAGCCCGUACACACAAUCUUUGCGUUCAGACGACCUGGGCUAGACCUGGUCCAGGUGAUCGACUAUGUGCUCUUCGACGCGUGUUGCCUUGUGUGCAACGAUGGCGCAAGGACGGACGAGAUGAUUAGGAGAUUGGAUGAGUUGGUGCGGAUUGUGAGGGAGAAGGCGAGCGCGGAGGAGGGUGCUGCUGGGUUGGAGGCCGUCGGGGUUCAGAAAACGUCAAACGGGGUGCAAGAGACGGGAAUACUUGAGGAGCAGGAGGAGGAGCUUGCGCAGCGCUUGUUCGCCUUCUUCAAGGAAUCCUAUCAGCAAGUCCCUCCUCACUGGAAGUGGAUUCUGGACGUGAGGGGGAAGGACAAGCAGGUGCUGCUCGGAGGGACGGCGAGUCAGCCGCUGCCGCGACUGCUUGUCAUGAUAGAGUCGCUCGGCAGCACCGACGUCUCAGCCCUGCUGGGCCCCUCGAACCGACUGGGCAGCUCAGUGGGCUCGCAAGUCGAGAAGCUCCGCCUGGAGCUAACUGCUACAUGCGAGGGGAUCGAACUGUCGGUGACGAGGAUGGACAAGCUCAGCGUGAAGGAGAGGCUGCACAUGCUGCGUGCAAACGUCGCCGAAGCCCUUCCGGACGGGAGCAUUCCUCCGUCCUUGCGGAGUGCUAUGAGCUCCUUGUCCAAGAUUGCAAACAAUCAAGAGAUGUAUUUCUCACCUCUCUACCUCAAGACGACUCUGUUCGUGCUCUUUCAAGACUCGAAACUUUCUGUGCCCGACGACUUUCCCUCUGACCUGGAGGGAGUCGUCGACUACGUUAUCAACCUCUCUGCUGACAGAUUCGGGGAGCACGUCACCUUUGACGUCUUGCACCAGCUCUCGCUCGGCAAGAGUCCAGCUGAUGUCUUCCGCUCCUUCAGAUGGUCUGCUGCCGAGCCGUCGGUCAGCAAGAAGGUCAGAGCAUGUCUGGAGUUGCUGAGGCCCCUCCUCUUCCCCUUUGUGUUCGACGUCAACGACUCCUUCCUCGACGAAGGGGAGGCGAUGCUGCAUGGAAUCAAGAACCGUCACGUGCUGAACAAAGUCAGAACCAUGGUGCACGUUCACACGCUCAACAAGUCCCUGUGGCACGAAGACUCCUCCUCUUCCCUGUGGUUGACGGACAUCUGCGCUCCAGGGCUCGACAUGCUCCUUGGGGACUCAGGCGAGGACGGAGGUCACCGUGCUAGCGGGAAGCAGCAGGAGCCGUCGAACCGGCGGGCAUUCCUGCCAAGCUUUUCUGUUGAGCGAGUGACGUGCUGCGACGUCUUCCUCACCUGCGUGCUCGAGGAGGCGGUGGCAAAAGAUGUGCAUUGCCUCGAGUUGGAAUCUGCAGAGAUGACUGAGAAGGUAGUCCGUCGCCGUGAGAAGAUAGAGACGACGGAUCGUCGAGACAGGAGUACCUUCAACAUCGCUAUAUUCUUGAGCAAGGAAGUCAAGCAGAAUGUCGUCAUCUUGAGAUGGGAGAAGAGAAUCGAUGGAGAAGAGCAAGACACUUUCAAGGGAAAGGAGGAGUUCCUGCUCACUGCAAGGGGCAAAGCGAUCAAAAGCAUGCGGCAAUCGUCAUCGUGGAAACGCAUGUCGGAGUAUGAGGAGUUGUACCGCGGAACAGCAAAGGGAGUGACGAUUCUAAACUUGGAAGAGAACGCGGCUCUUUUGCUUCAACUCGCUCUUGUCCGCGAUGGUUUCGUGUCGGAGUUCGAGCGUGUGAAGCUGGAGACGAAGAUGACGAGUCAGAACAUUAGGAAGAGGGCGAGGGAGAGCAUCUACAAGUUCAUCAAGGCUCUCAAGACGAGGGACAACCUGAUGCUGGAGAACGAGCUGAGCACGGCGAACAUGUCGGCGAACAAGGCACUCGAGCAGUCGCUGCAGCACGACACCUUCAAGGUUUACUUCAACGUGCCGGACAAGCACCUGGUGGACCUGGCGGUCCGCCAGCUGAAGAUGAAGAACUUCGAGAAGAUGCUCGAGCUGUUCAACAACCCGGUCGUCCUGCACCGGCUGCUGGACCACAUGGGGGUGGACUCGUUCUGUGACGAGUUUCUGUCCUCCAUCCUCCAGCUGGGAAGAUCGCAGGUGCCCCAGGAGCUGUACAAGCUUUGCUCCCUCCUGCAGGAGAUGGCAACGACGCACCGGGCGGACCUGAGGGUCGGCCAAGUGAGCAUCUGUCAGCUGAUAGCGCAGAAGCUGCCGCAGGCGCAGCUGGAUGUGAUAGAGCGGAGGGCGACGGAGAUGAUGGAGGAGAUGAGGGGAGAGUGUGCGGCGUGUGCGGACAAGAGCGGGGAGGAGUUCUCCCUCGUGCGGGUGUACGACUGCAUCCUGAGGCUGGAGAUGAUGGACAAGUGCGACGUGGAGAAGCUGGAGAGUGGGGAGGGGGAGAGGCUGCCGCUGAAGAAGCUUCUGUCGAGGAUGAGGAGGGUAGAUAGGGACGUAGACAGCGCGCAGAAGCUCAAGGAGAUGAAGAGGAUGCUGGUGGAGCCGAGGAUGAAGAACGUGGAUGAGUUCGACAGAGUGUCGUCGACGAUCUCGAGGGCGCAGUCGAUCCAUGCCUUGAAGUCGAAGCAGGUAGCAGAGAUUGCCUCAUUGCUGCAGAUGGGGGUCAUGAAACAAGACGCCAUCGACAAGACCCACGUGUUCCUCGAGUUCGACCUGGCGGUCUUCGACGAGGCUGAGAGCAAAGGGCCGCAGCAGCUUGUGGAGGAGACCACCAAGACGAUGAUGGACAUGUGCGAGGAGGUGGGAAGGGAGCAAGAGGUCGCUAUCUCCAGAGAGUCCGUCAUCAUCAGAGUCGUUCAGCUAGAGGCGGUCGACCUUGUCGCGCAAGGCGUCGUCAACCCCAUCCACGAGGCGUCGAUGAAGUCUGUUGACCAUAAGAAGAUUUUCGCUCGAGUCGAGCUGUCGCUGUCGCUGAUGGAACGCGUGAGGAGGAUGGAGACGGGAGAGAAGAAGAUGAUCAACUUGCGGCUGGUGGCCGAGGAGAUCUGCAAGAGGUUGCAAGAGAGGAAACAAGGCCUGCUUCCGUACCUGGACAUGAGCACCUUCUUGGUCGUUGCGAUGGUUUGCAGCAUGAAGAACAGCCUGCAAUCAGAAGAAGAGUUCAAGCAGCGCAUCUUCGAAGAGGUCGCGAGAGCUCUCAACCUGGACUCCAAACAAGUCGUCCUCACCAAACUCAACCACCGACGCACAUACGCCAUCCUUGAACUUUUCAUCGACGAGACCAUCAUCACUACGUUGCAAGACACUAUCACUAAAAAGCUCAUGGACUCAAGCAAGUGCCCCCAACUCUCUCAAGUCCUCAUGUCUGCGUCCCUGGUGCGAAGCUUCCUCCAGCCAUUCCUACCCGGGGAGCGAGUUCAGAUCAAGGUGUUCAACUCGUCAACAUUCUCUGACAUGCAUUGCGAGCGGGACUACCUCAACAACUUCAUCUACCCGGCGUUCCGAGAGGCCUGCUCGCGGCGCCGCAUCGAUUUCUCUUGGAUUGACUUCAGAUGGGGAGGGGUGACGGAAGACGAUUCCAAAGAAAACAAGACAAUUUUGUCCUGUCUCAAGAAGAUUGACGAGUGUACUCUACCACUACACAACGGGGUGCAAGUACCUCUUGUCGUCGGUCUCCUUGGAGAAAGAUGUGGAUGGAAUCCUCCUCCCAAGGGGAAAGAUCGCACAGUUGCAGGCAUGAUGAGGCAGAGGGGACGGAGGGAGGAGGAAGAUGAUGAGGAACGAGGCAGAAACAGGAGGAGGAUGCAGGAGGAAGAAACAGGAAGGCAAAGGCAAGUCCUACAAAUGGACGAUGGAUGGGAAGUACCAACAGAGACUUUCUUCUUUCUCCGGGACCCUGAGUUCACGUCGAGGAUAGAGUGGAAGGAGAACGUGCCGCAGUCGGCGUCAGAAGCGUUCUUCGACAACGUGAAGGAGGGAGAGUUCAACGUCAACCACUUGAAGGAAGACGUGAAGCAGAUCGCAGCAGGACGGUGCUACACGUACAGCCCAGAUCUCAUCGAUCCUCCCUAUGAGUUCAGAACCUUCUCCAUCGUCUCCAUGAUCGAUUCCUUGCGCAACAAGCUCAAGGAAUGCGCGGCGGAGGAGGUGGAGAGGCAAAAGGAGGAGAUUCUGAAGUGGUGGAGGCUGCUCGUGGAGCAAUACAGUCGGCCGAAUCGGGACAUCAUCAUGGAGGAGAGAACAGACGGCAACAUCAAUCAGGAACAGAUCUUGAGGAGGCUCGAGGAACUUGUGGAGGACGAGGAGCUAAAGAGGUUUGACGAGGAGGCCAAGGGAGACAAGAUGAAACACGCCAACGUCUCCGCCAGCGGCGUCCGGCUCGACCUCAAGAACCUCGGCUGGGCAGUCAUGAUCGGGCUGCAGGACAUGCUUGAAGCAUACUUCCCUCCCCCGCUCUCCUUCCCCUUCGACAACCACUUCAAGGAGCACAAGGAGCAGGAGGCGUUCCUGGAGGACAUGACCAUCGUCUUCGAGAUGCCAAAGGGAGGGUCCAGGGAGCGAGUCAUGCAGGGCGUCUCCGACUGGCUCUCCGGCGCCCUCUCCUCCUCCACCACGGCCGACGUUCUCUUCCUCAGAGGGGACGCGCACUCGGGGCGAACGUCCUUCCUCUGCAACUUCCUGCAGAAGAGGCUCAACAUUCUUGGCACCUCUAGUGCUCCCUCUGACUUCCUCUCCCCCUCCUCCCCCACCGGUGCCCGCAGCGUCAAUCUUGUAACCUUCUACUUCAAGAUGACCGACACCUCCUUCGAGCACGUCCUGCGCUACCUCGGCAUGGAGAUCCUUAUCCAGCUCCAAGGGAGGGAAGCGUUGAAGAGGAAGGAGGCGGCGCAGACGACGUUCAAGUGGUUCAAGACUGUCCUCAUCGACGUCCUCCGCAGCGGGUACACCCUCCUCCUCGUCGUCGACGGGCUCGGUUCAGCGCAGGUGGAGCUCCUCUGCCAGUUCUUCGAGCUGGCGUCUACCAGCAAGAGGGAGCAGGAGGAGGAGCAGGAGGGAGGUGGGAGAGGGCCCGAGGGCAAGCUCAUCCUCAUCGCUGCGAGCGAUGUAUCCAAGGCUCAAAUCCCUGAGAUCAGCCUGCCGCUGCUCGACAAUGGGGAGGAGAGUGACAAGGUGUGCCGAGCAUGGCUGCGGCAUUUCGGCAAGGAGAACGUGAGCCCGGCCCAAGUGAAGCUGAUCGUGAGCAAGGAGGACGGGAGGAGCCCUCUCUUCCUCGCCCUCUUCUGCGCACAGGCGUCUCAGCUGUCGCUGUACGAGAAGGUGGACGAGGACCUGAGGGCGAUGAGCGGGAAAGUGGACGACCUCUGGACUGACUGCAUCCUCCCGAACAUGGAGCAGCGCUUCGACCGCAAGGUGGUCAAGUUCGUCAUGCUGCAGAUCCUCUCGUCCUCGGGGGGCAUCUCCAUCAACGACCUCAAGUUCAUCUCCUCCUCCGACGAGCUCUUCUUCAAGGACUCCAUCGCCGAUGUCAACGUCGAGACCCGCAUCGAGCAGCUCGUCGACGUCCUGCAGAUGUUCCUGCGGCCCUCGAGCAGGCAGGGCAGGGAGGGCCUCCUCCUCAUCCGCUCCAAGCUCCUCGUCACCGGCGUGAUGCGCAUGUACGCGCCGGCGGCGCUGAAGCAUGACCAGGAGCUUGAGGAGAUCCAUCGGCUGAGGGACGAGAUGUCGAGGAUGCGAAUGAGCUUCCGUGCGAUCCCCGACGAGGACAGGGGGGUGCAGGAGGAGGAGGAGAACAAGGUUCCCAUCAAGCAGGUCAGCUGGACGUUCGACAAGGCCUACAGGAAGGAAGGGAUGCAGAUCCGAGGAGACGGGAGGACGGUGGAGCUGACGCAGCUCGAUGGGUCCGUCCUCAUCUCUCCCAGCGCGUCCAAGGAGGAGGUCUCCUUCCUCGAGAUCAACUGCGCCAAGGUCAAGUCGGACAUUCGCAUCGGCGUCUUCCUCUUCGACGGGGGCAACUUCCCGCAGUCGUCCAAGGAACUCUCUGAUACUGAGCACGGGUUCCUCUACAGCGUCAACAACAUGUCAAUCAGGAACAAGGAGCAGGACUGUGCCGACUGGAAGGGAGCGAGCGGAAAGGUGAAGGUGAAGGCAUACCCCGACACCGUCGGCGUCUUCCUGUAA